AUGGAGGGAAAUCAAUGUGAGACUUACAGACCUCCUAUAAGAGAAGUUCCAUUGACGUUGAAAGGUAGAAAGAACUAUGACAGGUACUUCAAGCCAAGAGCAGUCUCAAUCGGUCCUCUACACCAUGGUAAAGAUGAGCUUGCGCCUGCGGAGAAGUUCAAGGAAAGACUAGUUGCAGAAUUCAUCAAAGCUAGUGGCCGGACAAAAGACUUCCUUCACCAAAUGAUUGAGAAAGACAUUGAGCGCUUCAAGGACUGUUAUGAGAAGAAGGUGAUAAGAAAAUACAGCAAUGAGAAGCUGGCACAAAUACUCUUCGUGGAUGGUUGUGCAGUCCUGCAAUUCAUACACUACAAAAAAUUGGAGAAAUUAAAACAACACAAUAUAAAGAAUGAUCUUGCAGCUUUCGCAGCGCAAGAUUUAUUCUUGCUAGAGAAUCAGCUUCCUUUCGAAGUUCUGGACUUGCUGAUGAACCAUAGUGAACAUGGUGUCGAUUUGAGGGAAUCCAUCCAACAUUUCGUGGAUAUGAACAUGGCGGUGCAUCCAAAAGAGGGGCUGAACCUCUAUUCACAACCCACUCAUCUUCUUGACCUUUUGCGCACCAGACUCCUCCUUCCCCACGAAGGAAACCUUGACGUUGCUAUAGAUAUACCAGUAAGCAAGUGGCCUACAUUUCGUAACAUCAUGGAGCUUAAAGCUGCAGGGAUUCAUGUGAAGCGUAGUAACACGAGUUGCUUGAAAGAUACUCAUUUCAAAAGCAGAUUCUUAAAGGCAAUAUUGGAGCUGCCAUCCAUGAUAGUGGACGACUCAACCGCACCUAAAUUUUUGAAUCUUGUGGCAUAUGAAAUGUGUCCAGAAUUCCCUAAUGAAUUCGAGGUCAGCUCCUAUCUGUGCUUCAUGGAUUCUCUCAUUGAUCAUCCUGAAGACGUGAAGGAGCUCAGGAAGGCUAAUAUACUUCACAAUUUACUUGGAAGCGAUGAAGAAGUUUCUACUUUGUUCAAUGAGAUAAGCACUGACUUGGUGCCAAAUCCUAAUGCAUAUUCAUUCGUCAAACAGCAAAUCCAAUUGCACUACGACAAAACAUGGAAGACUUGGAUAGCUCAAGGGUAUCAUGAUCAUUUCAGUAGCCCCUGGACUUUCCUUGCCUUCAUGGCUGCGAUAAUAGGACUCAUUCUAAGUUUCAUUCAGGCUUUGCCUUCAUUGAAACCUGAUCAUUGCUUGAAGGUUUGCACUAAUCAUCCAUAA